AUUUGUGUGACGUUUAGGCAGCGUAAGCGUGUGACGCGGCGUCCCUUUGUUGGUUCAGCAGCGGUGGCGCUGGUGUUGUUAUAUUCUCUGCGGCUGAAAAUUUUGAAGUCUGUGGAAACCUUUUUUUUUUUUUUUUUUUUUUGUAAAUAUAUUUUUUUCAUUUGGAUCUUUUACCUGAAUCCGACUAAUAUAGUAAUGGACUCGGACGAAGGAUACAAUUAUGAAUUCGACGACGAAGAGGAGUGCAGCGAAGAUAGCGCUGAAGAGGAGCUCGAAGACGACACCCUGGAGCUCGGAGAGGUGGAGUUGGUCGAUCCUGCGGAGGCCGGCGGCGAGCGGGAUGUGUGCGGGGAGACCGGGAGCAGCGGCCUGGGGCCCGGCCAAGACGAGGAGGAUUACCGCUUUGAGGUGCUCACCGCGGAUCAGAUCCUCCAACACAUGGUGGAGUGUAUCAGGGAGGUCAACGAGGUCAUCCAGAACCCAGCAACAAUUACAAGAAUACUACUUAGCCACUUCAACUGGGACAAGGAGAAGCUGAUGGAGAGGUACUUUGAUGGGAACUUGGAGAAGCUGUUUUCAGAAUGUCAUGUUGUAAACCCUAGUAAGAAAUCCCGGACACGCCAGAUGAACACAAGGUCCUCGGCACAGGACCUGCCAUGCCAAAUCUGCUACCUGAACUACCCCAAUGCGUAUUUCACUGGCCUGGAGUGUGGACACAAAUUCUGCAUGCAGUGUUGGAGUGAAUACCUAACUACCAAAAUCAUUGAGGAGGGAAUGGGACAGACUAUUUCCUGCCCAGCACACAGCUGUGAUAUCCUAGUAGAUGACAAUACAGUUAUGAGACUGAUAACAGAUUCAAAAGUGAAGUUGAAAUACCAGCAUUUAAUUACUAAUAGUUUUGUAGAGUGCAAUAGACUGUUAAAAUGGUGCCCUGCGCCUGAUUGCCAUCAUGUUGUUAAAGUCCAGUACCCUGAUGCUAAGCCGGUCCGCUGUAAAUGUGGCCGCCAAUUCUGUUUCAACUGUGGUGAAAAUUGGCAUGAUCCUGUCAAAUGCAAGUGGUUAAGGAAGUGGAUAAAAAAGUGUGAUGAUGACAGUGAAACUUCAAACUGGAUCGCAGCUAACACUAAGGAGUGUCCCAAAUGCCAUGUUACCAUUGAAAAAGAUGGAGGCUGUAAUCACAUGGUCUGUCGUAACCAGAAUUGUAAAGCUGAAUUCUGCUGGGUCUGUCUUGGACCCUGGGAGCCACAUGGAUCUGCUUGGUACAACUGCAACCGCUACAAUGAAGAUGAUGCUAAAGCAGCGAGAGAUGCCCAGGAGGUAAAGUCCGGAACCGGGGAUGGAGGGCUAGCUAAGCGCUCCCGGGCAGCUCUUCAGAGGUACCUGUUCUACUGCAAUCGCUACAUGAACCACAUGCAGAGUCUGCGCUUUGAGCACAAGCUCUAUGCUCAGGUCAAGCAGAAGAUGGAGGAGAUGCAGCAGCACAACAUGUCCUGGAUCGAGGUGCAGUUCUUGAAGAAGGCUGUGGACGUGCUAUGUCAGUGCCGUGCCACACUCAUGUUCACUUACGUUUUUGCGUUCUACCUCAAGAAGAAUAAUCAGUCCAUUAUCUUUGAGAACAAUCAGGCAGACCUGGAAAAUGCCACCGAGGUGCUGUCUGGAUAUCUGGAGCGUGAUAUUUCACAGGAUUCACUGCAAGACAUCAAGCAGAAAGUGCAAGAUAAGUACAGAUAUUGUGAGAGUCGGCGAAGAGUGUUGCUACAACAUGUUCAUGAAGGUUAUGAGAAAGACCUCUGGGAGUAUAUUGAGGAUUGAGGAUAACCCCGCUUACAAUGAACUCUUGGAAAAUAACUUUACCAGCUAGAGUGCUGAUGCAAUUAAACUGGGUGGCACUGGCCUCUGCUGACACCGCUGGUCUACCAAUCUCAUCUUUUUUUUUUUUUUCUGUUAUUGCUUAAUGGAAAGUUUAAAUUAUAUUGUAAUAAAAAGGUAGAUGCAACACCGACAAAAUACAAAGUGUACAACAGUAUUGUAGCAGCACAGUGAAGUUUGACAAGACACUGAAAAAAGAAAACCUGCCCUCCAAGCUUGUGACGUAGAUUUUCUUGAAAGCGGACGCUUUUUUUUUUUGUUGUUUCCCUUUUUUUUCCUUGUGUGGAGGAAA